ACCAUCAACUAACAAAUACAUGGACUCACAUAGAUUAUGUGGAGUGGCGAAGUAAUCGCCUGUGAAUUUGACAAAAAAUUGACGAGUGCUUCGUAGAUUCGAGAACCUAAACCCCAGCAGUGUAAUCAUGGGGACGGUCAUUGUCGGUUCCGACAUCGAUUCGUGGAUCAAAGUGGCACAAGAAUGCAAAUAUCUACCGGAGUCGGACCUGAAGAAACUGUGCAAUCUCGUCUGUAACAUUCUCAUCGAAGAAAAUAACGUCCAGCCCGUAUCCACCCCUGUGACCGUCUGCGGGGAUAUUCAUGGGCAAUUCUACGAUCUUGAAGAGCUCUUCCGAUGUGGGGGACAAGUGCCAGAAACGAAUUAUGUGUUUAUGGGUGAUUUCGUCGAUCGCGGCUACUACUCACUGGAAACAUUCACUCGGUUAUUGACGCUCAAAGCAAAGUGGCCAAACAAAAUAACGCUGCUUCGAGGCAAUCAUGAAUCGAGACAAAUCACUCAGGUCUACGGGUUCUACGAUGAGUGUCAGCAGAAAUACGGAAACGCCAACGCCUGGAAGUAUUGUUGCAAAGUCUUUGAUUUGCUCACGUUGGCAGCCAUCAUAGAUGGGGAAAUCUUUUGCGUUCAUGGAGGACUCAGUCCUGAGAUCAAGGCUCUCGAUCAGAUCAGAACGAUCCAGCGAAAUCAAGAAAUUCCACACAAGGGCGCGUUUUGUGAUCUCGUCUGGUCAGACCCUGACGAAGUGGAUUCUUGGUGCUGGAGUCCCCGAGGUGCCGGUUGGUUGUUCGGAGCGAAAGCCACGCAUGAGUUCAUGCAGUACAACGGCUUAUCUCUGAUCUGUCGUGCGCAUCAGCUGGUCCACGAGGGCUACAAGUAUAUGUUCGAUGACAAACUCGUCACGGUAUGGUCUGCGCCGAACUACUGUUACAGGUGUGGGAACGUGGCCGCAGUAUUGGAGAUCAGCGAUCCCCAGAAUAAAAACCCCAAGAUCUUCGACGCCGUGCCUGACAACAAACGAGUUAUUCCGGAAAGAGUUGUAACACCAUAUUUCCUCUAGGUUUCCGUAUUUGUAAAGUGAUAUGAGUAGGAAUUCAUUUCGAAAAGCGGGUCGUCCAUGAACGUCGGCUUCGUUCUCUUCUGAGGAGAAUGCACUGUUUUGUAGACAGCUUUCGGUCGUGAUCACAUGGAGUAUAUGAGCGACGAAUACGAAUAAAUUAUAGUCGAAUUAAGACGCAACCCU